GUGGAUCAGACAUGACCAAUCAAACGAGCAUCUUCACAAAUCGAAACCCUACGAGCCCUUUCUAAACGGACAGCCGUCAACUCUAUUGUGAUGUCACCACGUCGAUCCUGCAUUUAAACGAUGAAACACUUGCUAAGUUGUUUGACGCACGACUCGACCAGAGCGGGAGUCGAUCGCGCUCUCGGCGGUAAAACCAUUCAAAUCCAAGCGAGCUAGCAUAGCAUCUCCCGGAGAAACGGGGGCCCACACUGGUCUGCUUUCAGCACCACAGAUGUGACCCGAGAUGCGCCCUGCGUGUCGACAGCACGGUUACGAACCUCAGGCUGCAGGAGAGCGGGCGCCAGGCUGCCGUUCCUCCGCCUCACAGCCGCGAGGCUGGACGCUGCUGCUCCCUUGUUCCAGCGCGGAGGCUCCGCGGGCAGGAAAACUGCGAGUCCUUGGACAUUGCAUGAGGCAGAAGCAGCAGUUUGCAGCAUGAAGUGAUGCGCAAAUGUCCCAGAGUUCGGCUGGUUUGUGUUCCGAUCAGUGGACGGGAAGAGAUCGGAGCAUUUUGUUUUGAUUUUGACGGUUAGCUGACAGCUAGCGUGUGAGCCGCUGCCUGCACCCGGGAACAUGAAUAGGGCUUGGACUCGCUCGCCUGCUCCCAAAACAAGCGCACGCUCCGGUGGAUGGCCCUGGAUCAUGGAGGAUUCCACUCAUUCAGUUUUCUUUCUGCAUUCAACAAAAACAGGUCAUCUAUUAAAGAACGAACCGUUAUAAUUUCAAUAUUGACAAAAACAAUUACGGCAAUAAAAAUCGAUUUUUUUAAUGAUGUUGCUAAAAAUGGUCUCAGCAUAUAAAUGAGUAAUUAUUCUCCAACUUAUGUUGUAGUUUACAUCACCAUGCUCCGGUAUCACAUUUCUUGUGCUUAGAUAUUUCCUUUCAAGAUGGAAUCUCAGGAAAAACCACCAGAAUCAGAAGAGCUUUAUUGCCGGGUUCCUCAGACUAGGUGUUAUCUUUGGUGCAAUAAACAUUCAAGAUAUAUAAACGGUCGAGAUUAUGAUUACGUCUUUACGAAUGCUCGUGGUGAUUUUAAAGGAAUUAUUUUCGAUUUCUAAGUCAACCUUAGUAAAAUGUAUCUUGGUGGAACCUUUGUUUGAUGAAGUGUGUUCCAGUCGGACAUAAAUGCCCGCUACAGACGGAUGUUUACACCGGACGCGCUGGGCAACUGGCUCCCUGCCGCCAGUAAUGCGUCGGAAAUCAGCGGUAACGUUGACAAAAACAUGAUCGAGUGGUCUCGUCAAAUAUAACCCAUGCUGUCAACAAUGCUGGUGGGAUACAGCAGCAGCUCUGAGGAGGAGUGUGACGCGACAAGAAAAGAGCGUGAGAAUGGAGCUCCGGCGAAGAAGAUGAAACUGAAGGAAACCGCCGAAACAAAGCUGCCUCUGCCUGGAUGCCUUCUGUCGAUGUUUCCAGAGGAAGUGGACCCUCAGACUGAAGACAGCUCCCUUCACGGAGGGAGAAUCCGCUCCUUCAAACAUGAAAGAGGGAACUGGGCCACCUACAUCUACCUGCCAUACCUCCCCGACGAAGACUUUGAUGAGUUGCUGGAGGAGCUUCUGUCUGCCGCGUCAGCCGCUGGAGUGUCUUUGACCCAGCAGGAGGAGUUUCACCUCAGUCUCUCUCAGACGGUGGUGCUGAAGCAUCACUGGAUCCAACCCUUCACCCAGAGCCUGAAGGUGCGGCUGGCUCGCUGCAGGAGGUUUGCAUGUUCAGCUGGACGACUGAAGGUGUACUGUAAUGCUGAGAAGACCAGGACAUUUUUGGGGAUGGAGGUGGUGACUGGGCACGCUCAGCUGUUGGACCUGGUUCAAGUGGUGGACACAACCAUGGCAGAGUUUCACCUGGAGACGUUCUACAGUGACCCAUCCUUCCAUGUGAGUCUGGCCUGGUGCGUGGGGGACGAGACGCUGCAGCUCAAGAAGUGUCUUCAUCGUUUGCAGAGCGUGUUCGACCAGCACGAGGACGGAGCGUAUCUGAUGAGGCUGGACUGUGGGGAGCUGCGCUGUCGAAGCGGGAACAAGACCUUCCGGUUCUCUCUCCAGCGCUGAGUUACCUUCAUACAGUGGAGUAUUUUUAGCUUGUGCUUGUGACUGGAGCCUUGCUGGCUGUCGCUGCUGGGAACCGAAGGGAGCAGACGCAGAUCUUCACUCUGGUGGCGUCAGCAGAGCAACAAAACUGUACAUGACAAACUGUCAAUAAAAUAAAAUGAAGGGAACAGA